AUGUCAUCUAUAGACAGCCCCGUCGCUGUUGAGAAGUGUCCUGCAGGGGCGUCCUUCUGGUCGAUGCUUGGACAGGUUGUGGCCGUCGUUUUUUCGUCUAUAGGCGCGGCAUAUGGCACAGCAAAGGCCGGCUCGGGGCUUGGUGUCGCUGGUCUGAUCAAUCCGGCCCCCGUCACAAAGCUUACUCUUCCAGUCAUCAUGGCAGGUAUUCUGAGUAUCUACGGGCUGAUUACUUCCUUGUUGAUUAACUCGCGGGUUCGUUCGUACACAAACGGCAUGCCCCUUUACGUUUCAUACGCACAUUUUGGAGCGGGGCUUUGCUGUGGCCUUGCUGCGCUGGCGGCAGGGCUUGCUAUCGGUGUUUCUGGAAGCGCUGCUGUGAAAGCUGUCGCCAAACAACCCAGUCUAUUUGUUGUGAUGCUUAUUGUAUUGAUAUUCUCAGAAGCUCUUGCCCUCUAUGGUCUUAUCAUAGCACUGAUUUUGUCCACGAAAAGCGCAGACAGCAAUUUUUGCGUGAAUAAUGUCAAUCAGUAA